AGAUUCCUCUCGUUUGCAUUUCUCUCGCCUCCGCUCCGCUCCGAUUCGCGGUUUGUCCCUUUCCUCUCUGACGGCCUCAAUAUCUUGCCGUCCGGAGUGUUCAAUCACCCACCGGGCAAGGAUAUUUCCCAGCAAAAAUGCCCAAGAUUAAGACAAACCGUGUCAAGUAUCCGGAGGGAUGGGAGCUAAUUGAACCAACUCUCAGAGAAUUGCAAGCUAAGAUGAGAGAAGCUGAGAAUGAUCCACAUGAUGGUAAGAGAAAAUGUGAGACAUUGUGGCCUAUAUUCAAAAUAGCGCAUCAGAAGAGCCGCUAUAUCUUUGAUCUCUAUCAUCGAAGGAAGGAGAUAUCUAAAGAAUUGUUUGAAUUCUGUUUGGACCAAGGCUAUGCUGAUCGUAACUUAAUUGCAAAAUGGAAGAAGCCUGGUUAUGAACGUUUGUGUUGUCUAAGAUGCAUACAACCUCGAGAUCAUAAUUUUGCGACCACGUGCGUGUGCCGGGUUCCCAAGCAUCUAAGGGAGGAGAAGGUUAUCGAGUGUGUGCAUUGCGGUUGCAGGGGCUGUGCGAGUGGCGAUUGAGUGAGUUCUUCUCCUCUUAGUUUGUCUCUCUGAUUAUAACAACUACACACGCCUUGACACUCUGUUUAUACACUAGAGUUGUACUAAUUUGAACAUUUGCACUAUGUACUUGCUCUGUUCAUACUCAUUAGUCAUUGGGUUGCCAUUA